GCCGGUAGCGGACGUCCGAAACGGUCAUACCAGCCCAGUGCGAUCUGGUCAAGUGUUUCUGCUGUUCACCGAAGCUCCCCGGGUCAUGGUGCCCGCCUGACUGAGAAGAGGAAGCUCCCGGGAAACGAAUGAAGAACCACUUUCUCCUGUUGUUCAAGUACAGGGGCCUGGUCCGCAAAGGGAAGAGAAGCAAAAGACGAAAAUGGCUAAAUUCGUGAUCCGCCCGGCCACCGCCACUGACUGCAGUGACAUCUUACGGCUGAUCAAGGCAUCGCUUCAGGAACUGGCUAAAUAUGAAUACAUGGAAGAACAAGUAAUAUUAACUGAAAAAGAUCUACAGGAAGAUGGUUUCGGAGAGCACCCCUUCUACCACUGCCUCGUGGCAGAAGUAUCCAAGGAGCACAGCACUCCGGAAGGACACAGCAUCGUUGGUUUCGCCAUGUACUAUUUUACCUACGACCCAUGGAUUGGCAAACUCUUGUACCUUGAGGACUUCUUCGUAAUGAGUGAUUAUAGAGGCUUUGGGAUAGGAUCAGAGAUUCUGAAGAAUCUAAGCCAGGUGGCGAUGAAAUGUCGCUGCAGCAGCAUGCACUUCCUGGUAGCAGAAUGGAAUGAACCAUCUAUCAACUUCUACAAAAAAAGAGGUGCCUCUGAUCUGUCCAGCGAAGAGGGAUGGAGACUCUUCAAGAUUGACAAAGAGUACUUGCUAAAGAUGGCAGCAGAGGAGUGAGGGGUGCUGGUGCAGACUACACCUUCCAUUCUAUUUUAGAAAAAGUUCUCAACUUAUCUUGCUUCCUAUCAUGUUUGUAGUGAAAUAAUAGAAUGAGCACCCAUUCCAAAGCUUUAUUACCAGUGGCGUUGUUGCAUGUUUGAAAUGUGGUCUUUUUAAAAUGGCAAUGUAGUUUGGAGUCAGAUUUACCCUUGAACAUCUUUCAAUAAACAACAAGGUGGUGUGAUCUUAAUGUAUAUGAAAAAAAAAACUUCAUUCUUGUGAGUCAUUUAAAUGUG